AUCGUCGCCAUCAAGAAUGUCGAUAGAACAUGGUUGAUACUUAAAAACUGAAUAAAAGUGAACGAACAUUAUUCUUUCUCAACGCACAGUGUUAGUGAAUUUAUUACAGAAUUAAAGCUGGACGCUACGUAUGCCCCUGACUGAAAACUGAUACAGUGAUGAUGGACCAGGAGGAACAUUUAACGGACAAGGAUCAACAAAAGUUCUUCACACGUUCCGCGGCAAGGCAUCUUCGUCGUAAGCGUUUACACGAUGCUCGUAAAGCUGAGAAACAACAAGUCUGUUCGUUUCAUGAUAUGAACGUUAAGCCCAAUCAGGAGUUGAUUAUUGAGAAAGAUACAGAUCGGUUGGAAGUUGUAACAAAGUCGAAGGCUCGCAGGUUACGGAAAAGAAAUGAAACGCAGGUGUUUGAGAACUGUUGUUCAUUUUGCAAAUCGAAUUGCAUAAAUUCGUCGCCGGUUAUCGAAUCUGUUGCCAACGAAGAUAUCGUUACUGAGAAGGAUACGGAGGACAUAAAAACGAUAACGAAGUCGAAAGCUCGCAGAUUACGGAAAAAGUAUAGAACCAAAUUGGCGCUGGACGCGUGUUCUUUUAUUUGCGGUAGCGAUUCCCCUGCCCCCCCGAAUCUGUUUAAGUUCUUUAAAACAGCGCAGUACAAUUCGGGUUGUUGCGGCGAGCACGAUACAGACGAUGGUAACAAUCUCAAACAGAACUACAAAUUGGAGAAGGCUGUCGAAGCACAAGUCUGUCAUGCACAGUACGAAAAGGAAUUAGAGCAGACGGAAUUGACACAGGAGGGCGUACAGUCGCAAGAAACAAACGCUAAUCGUUCGGAAUUGUCUUGUCUGUCCAGAUCGCCUGGGCUAUUUAAAUUUGAAAAUGAAGUACAAAUUUAUCACGAGAAACACGAUAAAAGCACAAAGGAUCUAGUACUCGCGUCCGAAUUGAAACAAAAGAUAGCGGAAACAAUUCAGGCGAAAAUUAAUCAUACGAAAGAAGAUACGAAAUUGCAAAAACAAGAAACAAAUCAGUUUAACGAUUUGAAAGACUUAUGCGAUCUGCAAGAAGUAGCAAAGCUUGUGGAUCUUGUAAAAUAUGAUCAGAAUACCGAAUCGUGUAACGUACAAUGCAACAAAGAGAAUAAUUGGGGAUUCGAGUCUCCCAGUUUUAAAUUAAAGGAAGAUAUUAACACGUUGUUACAACCUGAAACGGUACCGACAUUAUUCUCCGACGACGAAUUACUUGAAAACGUGAAAAACAUACAAUUCAGCGAUUCUUCCAAAAUUAACCUGACAAAUACCGAAGUAUUCCUCGAUAAUACUGAAUCAGAAGAUCGAAGUUCUGUUUCCGUUUUAAAAACAGAUACGAUUACCAAUUCUGUUAAGGACCAUUCAGAAACUGAUACCGCAAUCACACAGAAUUGCUUGCCCGAUAAGAACACUUUCCAAGAAGAAGGUGCGACUACUGAAGUGGAGGAAUCUUCUGUGCAAAAUAUCGAUAGAUUGUCAAAUCCUUUUUCGUUAGAAAACACGGAAGUCGAUAAGUCAGGAAUUGUACCGACUAAAAUGGCUGACAACAAAAUAAAUAUUCCCGAAAAAUCGAGGGAGACAAUAAAAGCUGAACGUGAAGCGAAGAAGGCUGCCAAGGCGCUUGCUAAAUUAAAAGGCAAGACUUCUGAGGUACAGAAUAAAAACACUACGAACAAUAAAUCCACGGAGCCUGAUAUUAUUCAGAGCAGCGAGACAGCGGGAAGAACAGUCGUUGAAGACGUUAAAGACCAACGGAAAACUGCGGUAACGAAUAAAGUCUCGAAUACGCGUAUAAAUAACGAACCAUCGGAAACGAACGAUGGCGGGAAAAGUAAAGCGGAAUUACGGGCCGAAAGGAGAGCAAAACAGGAGGCGCAAAGAGCAGCCAAGCAGCAGCACUUGUUAGAGAAGAAUAAAGUUAAUAAAGAAACCGAUAAGAAUACACGCGUAACGGAGGUCGCAGCUGCAGUGGAAGAUGUGAAGAAAAUUGUUACCCCCAAAAAGACUGUUCAGAAAGAUAACAUCCACGAGAUAAAUCUCUUCAAACACUUGUACCACGAAAGAGAGAAAGCCAUUGUUGAUAUUCCUCCGGUGAAUUCGAAGAUACAUCCGGAAAUAAUAAGACUGGGCGCCCAGUACGCGAGAAAAGUGAUCGUUGGCAGCAAUGCAAGAUGCGUUGCGCUUUUAGUUGCCGUGAAGAAGCUCAUUCAAGACUUUGAACGCCCGUCGCAGGCUGAUUUCAUCAGGGGUCUUGAGGCAAAUUUGCAAGAGUCCAUUGCAUACUUGCAUCACUGCAGACCGUUAGCCGUUUCGAUGCAGAACGCGUUAAGGCAUUUGAAACGGCAGAUGACGCAAUUGUCCUCUGCGUUGACAGACGUCGAUGCGAAGAUUAAAUUAAGUAGUGCAAUCGAUACUUACAUUCUUGAACAAAUAGAACUUGCCGAUAAGGCAAUAUCGAUAACCAUUCAGACAAAGAUAUCCAACGGAGACGUUAUUCUGACGUAUGGCUAUUCGUCUUUGAUUCAUAAAAUCCUAUUAGAUGCACACAUAGCUGAGAAACAGUUCCGUGUCGUUGUCGUCGAUGGGAGGCCAUGCUUAGAGGGAAAGGAACAACUUAGGCGUUUGACUAAGCACGGUAUCGAAUGCUCCUAUAUUUUGAUCAAUGCUUUGAGUUACGUAAUGCCAGAAGUAAGCAAAGUUUUCCUUGGUGCUCACGCGAUAUUGGCGAACGGCGCGGUGAUGUCGAGAGUGGGCACCGCCCAAGUUGCCCUAAUGGCGAAAGCCUUCAAUAUUCCGGUUUUAGUAGCCUGCGAGACCCACAAGUCUUGCGAACGUGUACAAACGGAUUCUAUCGUUUAUAAUGAAUUAGGCGAUGCGAAUGAGCUUGCGCAAGGCCACGGGCCAAACGCGAAAAAAUCCUUGAUCGUCAAUUGGAAGACUAGGAAGUCGUUGAAUCUUUUAAAUAUUACAUACGACGUUACACCGGCUGACUUAGUGACGGCUGUCGUUACGGAAUUAGCGAUAUUACCGUGCACUAGCGUCCCUGUGAUCUUACGAAUUAAACCAUCCGAGAUUUAAAAUCUUACCACGCUGAAACGUAUUCCUUAUGUUGUAACAUUCAAGAGCGAAUAAAAUAUGCCGUGAUAAACGUA